AUGGCGGCGGAGUGGCCGCUACUGGCGGAGGAGGAGGAGGACGAGGCGGAGGUGGCGCGGGCGUGGCGCGCCGUGGAGGCGGUGCGCGUGACGGCGGACGUGGCGGCGGCGGCGCGGCACCUGAUGGCGCUGCUGCGGCGGGUGCAGGCGCACGGCGGGCUGUGCGACGAGGGGCCCGCCCUCGAUACCGCCAUCCGCAGGCACGCCAUGCCCGCCCCUCCUGCUGCCCGCCCCUCAUCCCCUUUCAGCAAACUCGUGUACGAGCGGUGCUGGCUGCAGCUGGCUGGGCGGCUGAGUGACGACGAAAUGUGCCGCCUGCUGCCGCCCAUUGACGUGGAAUGGGUUUGGCUCUGCCACCGCCUCAACCCCGAGGCGUACAGCAGGGAGUGCGGGGCCAGGGUGGGUCGAGUGGUGGAGCAAGCAGUCUUUGACACAAGUGAGUGUGACCCCUCUCACCACCCUGCUACCAAUCAUGCUGCCUGCAGCAGCAGCAGCAGCAGCGGGGGCGGGAGGGAGGCAGCAGAGGCAGCGGCGCGGCGGGUGUGGGACAGGCUGUUCCCUCACGAGCCCUACGACCUGUGCGAGCCUCGCAGAGCCGGCAGGUCACAGCACGGCGGGGGGGUUGGCGAUGCUGACGAUGACGGUGCGAGGGAGAGCACGCAGUGCGGGCGGGGGAAUGAAGGCAGAGGGGAGGCGCAAGGGGGACCGGCGGGGGAAGAGAGGGGGAGCCUCGGGGAGGGCCCUCGGUGUUGCAAUGAAGGCGCAGGAGCAAGGUGCAGCCUAGCAUGUGUGGAGGGGCGGAGAGGCGAGGGGAGGGGCGCGGAGUCUGGUGGUGAGCCUGCAGGCGCGUCAGAGGGCUCUCUGAGAGGCAGCAGGGCGGCAGAGGCCUCCAGAGAACCGGGCGCGGUGGAGGUGCUGGCAGGCGCAGGGGUGGAAAGCAGAGAGGCGGCAGAGGGUGCAGGAGAGGGGCAGCACGUGCAGUACGACCUGAGGGCUGCUGUGCUGCGACAGAGAGGGCUCUUCCUCCAGGUGGACCGGCCGUGGAUGGUGCAAGCGGCAUACCUGAGGGGGUCAGUGCAGCGCUACCACAUGUUCCUCUGCCUCUUGAAGGCCAACCCAGCGACGCCCCUCACACCCACCUGUGACAUCGACCUGAUCUGGCAUGCCCACAUGAUGUGUGCACGCGCCUACGCCACGGACUGCCACCACCUGGCAGGUCGCCUCAUCGCGCACCACAACUCCCUCUCGCCCACACCCGCCCUCCCUCCCGCCGCCCUCGCCUGCUCACCCUGCGCCCUGGCGGGCCUGCCCUCGCCGGGGCCUCGGUGCAUGGAGGCGGCGCACAGGGCGACGGCACUGCUGUGGGAGCGCACCUUCGCCGUGCCCUUUGCGCGCGCAGGGGCCACGCACCGCCAGGGCGUGCCCCCUGCUCAUGCAAGCUCCCUGCCACCGGCCAUGCGCAUGGGCAGGGCAGCUGUGGGCCACGAGCAGCAGGCAACGGCAGAGGGGGCAGGCGAGCAGGAGGGCUCAUGGGCACGCACCCAGUGCCGUUCAGACAGCGCCGCAGGGGCAGAUGUGGAGAGGCAGCAGCAGCGGCAGCACAUGGAGCAGCAGUUGAGGAGUAGCAAGAAAGCAGAUGCGGACAAGGAGAGUGUGGGAAGCGAGGGCACAGGCGAGCAGGGGGAAAAGGUGCGGCGCAUGGCAGUGGCGGGGUGUGUGAGUGCGGGUGAGGCGAAUGCAGGGCUGGGGCUGUGGCAGCGCAGCACAGUGGACGUGGAGGUGACCGUGUGGACCGUGAGAGGGCUGCUGCUGCCCGCCCCUGACUGCCUCUCCGUCUCCCUCUCCGCCCUCCACGCUGCCCCCUCCUUCUCCACCCGCACGCCCGCGCUGCCCUUCCAUCCGGCAGCCCCCCCACCGCGCUGGCGCCACCGCUUCUCACUGCAGGCGGAGGUGGCCUCGGAGGGGCUGCGGCUGAGUCUGCACGCCCACUCGCCCUCGCUGCUCUCCUCGCUGCUGCCCUGGCUGCUCCCCCCCGCACCCCGCGAGCUGGGGUCAGCGGUGCUCACGUGGCACCGCCUGCUGCAGCACCCCUCGCUGCUGCUCCACUGCCUGCUGCCCCUCGCCCCCCCAGGCUGCACCCCCGCUGCCUAUGCCGCUGCCACAGCCCCUCUCACUGCAGCCAGCACAGCCGCCGCAGGGAGCAGUGGCUUGGCGGCGAGGGCAGCAGAAGAGGGGGGCGUGGAGAGGGUGGGUGGGGGCGGAGGCAGGGCAGAGGGCAGUGUGGGAUGUCCGGCGGGGCAGGCAGGGCUGCAGGUGGGCGUGUCGCUGGCCCCUGCUACAGCUGCGCCCUUCCUGCUGCGCGCCGUGCCUGUGUGCACCUCUGAUGACCGUGGGGCCAUGCUCUGCGCUGCCCUGGCUCAGCACCGCCCUCAGGCGGGGCGGUGGGUGUCGCGCACGGUGCUGGACCACAGAGGCGUGGAGGCGUUUGUGAUGCGCACCAGGUGGGAGGCGUUUGUCAUGCGGACCAGUCCAUCCCCACUCAUCCAUUUCUCUUUGUCUUCCCCUGCCCCCCACCCCCCACCUCUUUCUGAAUUUGUCUGUUGCCCGGCACCACUUCUUCCCCACUCCCUGGAGCCGUGGAGCAGAGUGGCAGAGGGAGUGUGGGAGGACCACAAGCGCCCAAAGCCAGUUCAGCCAACGGAGCGGACAAUUGUGCUGCAUCAGGUGAUUGCAUCAGCGGUGGAGCAGGGGGGUUGGAGCUAUGUACCCACGGACGCCACGCCCUUGCCCCUCACCGCCCCCCUGCAUGAGCGCGUGGGGGUGUGCCGCGGUCCAGUGCUGGCGCAGGCUGUGCCUCGAGGCGGGGGAGGGGUGCGGUCGGGACAUGGAAACGGGGAGAAGGAGGGGGUAGGGGUGGGUGCAGGGGGGGAGCUGGUGGUGCGCUAUGCGCUCAUGGGAUGCUUGCCUGGUGCAGCGAUGGCGGAGCUGGGAGUGCGGUGCAGAGUGGUGGAUGGGGCGCUGGUGCAGGGCUCGCUGCAGCUGGAGUUGCAGGAGGAGGGCGGCCAUCAGGUGGCGCUACUGCCGGGCCGGCACCUGUCUUACACCGUGUGCGGGGCGGCAGCAGCAGAGGAGCACGGCUUUGCCACGCUCGUGCGAUACACUGGGGGGCCCGGGCUAGCGCGCGCCACAGCGCUGUUGAAUUGGAGGGGGUGCGUGGUGGAGGUGGCACGCGAGGAGUCGGUGCCCCUGGCGCUGCUGCUGUGUGUGGCCAUCGCUGAGGCGCUGCAUGACAUGCUCGCUGCGUCGCGCUGCAUGUGCUUCAGGCCCAUGCUCCUGCCCAACCCCGAUCCCGACACGCACUGGCAGGCCCUGUGCCUCAACCACGGCUCUCAUGCCCCCUCCUCCGAUGCGGCUAGGCCCAGCAGCGGUGGCAGAAGCGAGGAGCGAGGGGAAGAGUCAGGGUGGGCAAUGGGGGAGCAGGCAGAGCGGAGGUGGUGGGAGCAGCGACCCCUGGCAUGGAUGCCUGGUGCUGCCAGCUGUGGUGCCGGGGCUUGUGGGCCCAGCUUCACUCAUGGAUAG